GAGUGCUCACCCUAUGCAGCCCACCUCUACGAUGCUGAGAACCCUCUGACGCCUCUCCGGAAGCUUCCUGGACUUUGCUCUGACUACUGCUCUGCGUUCCACUCUAACUGCCACUCUGCCAUCUCCCUGCUGACCAAAGGUCAUGGCCUCCAGGAGUCCCAUGAAAAGGAUGGUGCCCACUUCUGCCACCUCCUCAAUCUUCCUGACAAAGACUAUUGCUUCCCCAAUGUCCUGAGGAACGACCAUCUCAACCAUGACCUGGGUGUGGUGGCCAAGGACCAUCAGGGCUGCCUGCAACUCUGCCUGACUGAGGUGGCCAACGGGCUGAGGAACCCCGUUGCCAUGGUCCAUGCUGGGGAUGGCACCCAUCGCUUCUUUGUUGCUGAGCAGGUAGGAGUGGUGUGGGUCUACCUCCCAGAUGGGAGCCAUCUGGAGCAACCGUUCUUGGACCUCAGGAGCAUCGUUCUGACUACUCCAUGGAUUGGGGAUGAGAGAGGCUUCUUAGGGUUGGUUUUUCAUCCCAAAUUCCACCACAACCACAAGUUCUAUAUUUAUUAUUCAUGCCUUGGCAAAAAGAAGGUAGAAAAGAUCCGGAUUAGUGAGAUGAAGGUUUCUCGGGCUGAUCCCAACAAAGCGGACCCCAAAUCAGAGAGUCGACUUACGGCUUUGCAGGAAGAUAGAAAAACCAAGAAAUGGAAGAAACAGGAUGUUUGCCUAGGCAGCACCAAGCUCUGUGCCUUUCCAGGGCUAAUCAGUACUUACAGCAAAUUCAUCAUCUCCUUUGCUGAAGACAAAGCAGGGGAGCUGUAUUUCCUGGCCACCUCUUACCCAAGUGCCCACGUGCCACAUGGAUCUAUUUACAAGUUUGUUGAUCCCUCAAGGCGAGCACCUCCAGGCAAGUGCAAAUACAAGCCAGUGCCAGUGAAAACCAAGAGUAAGCGGAUUCAGUUCCGGCCACUCGCCAGUGAGUCUGUCUUUGAGUAUCAGGCUCAGGCCUGGCUGUGGAGGCACACGCUCGGUCCCCUGGUGGAGGGGCUUGGUUUCUCUCCUUUAUGGGUUGUCUUUUACUUGUGGCUCAUUCUACACCCCUCCUCUGCAUACCAA